UGAGUUUUCGUCCCUUAUCUCAGCUUUCCUCUGUGGAUUGCCCUUCUUUUUGGCUUUGCUUCUCAAAUAUCUGAUGACGCAGAGUGCGCAAGAGAAAUUGCCUCAUGGAAGCAUGGGCUUGCCGUUUUGUGGUGAGACUCUUGGCUUCCUCAAACCCCAUGAAUCAUUCUCCUUAGGAAGCUUCUUGCAACAACGUUGUUCUAGGUACGGCAAAGUUUUCAAGUCCCAUCUGUUUGGCUCCCCCACCAUCGUUUCCUGCGACUACGAGUUCAACAUGUUCAUUCUUCAGAACGAAGGGAGGCUAUUCGAGGCUGAUUAUCCCAAGGUUAUGCAUUACAUUCUCGGCAACUUGUCUCUCAUUGUUGUCACUGGGGACCUUCAUAAGAAGCUACGAAGUUCUGCUGUUAGCUUUGUCUGUGCGGCCAAAUCCCAAUCUACUUUCCUCCCCUCUGUAGAAAAGCUUGCGCUCUCAAGAGUGAAUUCAUGGCGCCACUGUAAACAAGUUGGUUUUUAUGCUGAAGCUAAAAAGUUUACGAUCUGCGCUAUGCUGAAGCUUCUGUUGAACAUUAAUCCAGACGAGCCUCUGGGCUCUCAGAUUCUAGAAAACUUCGAGACUUACAUGAGAGGUUUCGUAUCAUUCCCACUAAAUAUCCCUGGAACGACGUAUUCCAAUGCUGUGAAGGCUAGAAUAAGACUCUCGUCCAUUGUCAAAGAGAUGAUAAUAAAAAAGCGUAAAGGUAAUGUGGGGUCUCGGGAAGGAGAGGACCUCUUAAAUGUGAUAUUGUCAAAGCCAAACCUUUGUGUUGAAGAGAUGGUGAGUGUUGUAUUGGACCUCAUGUUUGGUGGUUAUGAGACAACAGCAAAACUAUUGUCCUUGAUUGCCUAUUUCCUUGGCCAAUCACCUAAAUUGUUAGAAAGGCUCAAGGAGGAACAUCAAGUCAUUAGGAAAAGCAAAAUAGAUGGAGAACCAUUGAACUGGGAGGACUUCAAGCAAAUGAAGUUCACUCUUGAUGUGAUAAAUGAAGCAACAAGAUGUGGGAACGUAGUCAAAUUUUUGCACAGGAAAGCUAUUCGAGACGUCAGAUUUGAAGAUUUUGUUAUACCCAAAGGAUGGAAGGUUCUUCCAAUUCUGUCUGCCGGGAAUUUGGAUCCUCUCUUCUAUGAAAAUCCUUCAAAGUUCGAUCCUUCCAGAUGGAAUGACACUUCAACGUGCAAGAAAGUUACACCGUUUGGUGGAGGCUCACGACUCUGUCCAGGUGCUGAUAUAGCUAAAGUGGAGAUAGCAUUCUUCCUUCAUCAUCUUGUCCUUAAUUAUAGGUGGAAGAUCAGAUCAGAUGACUACCCACUUGCUCUUCCUUACGUGGAUUUCACCAAAGGCUUGCUAUUGGACCUUGAAAAGUUGGACUCAUAAAAAUCACUGCUUUUGGACAGACACUCGAGAAUGUGAAUAGAUCUAAUGUGUGUGUCUUCAGGAAGUUGGGAUCUCAAGUGUUCCGAUACAAAAUAAAGAAUCCAAAUUCGGGAUGAUUAAUUUAUGGCAUGUAACAGUUUUCUAGUUCUGUUAUUUGAAAAAAACGGUUGGUGCUUGACCAACUUGGGUUCAAUUUCAAUUGUCCAUGUGAAUAUUAGGAACUUGUUCUGUAGCUCACAGCUCUUGCGCCCCUGUAAUUCAAACAUCCAUGUUCUGUAAUAGUUACAAUAAA